UAAUAUUUUGAGGUCUCUAAUCAUUUGUCAAUCAUUUACCACAGCAAUCAAAUCCGUUAUAAUCUGAUAUAAAUUACUUUGCUUACACAUAUCAAAGACUUUAUUCAAUCCCCAUUUGUCUGAGGUGCAAUAAGGUUAUGAGUGCUGUUUUCUCUUCUUGAACUUCUCUUUAAUCCUCAGAUCCUGGAUUAAAGGAAAAACAUAAACAUCAGCCAGAAAAUUCCUGUGCCUUGUUUUACAUCUUUCUUCAGGAAGGAAAAGAAGAAGCAAAAUGUCAUUCACAGGAACUACAGAUAAAUGCAAGGCUUGUGAUAAGACUGUUUAUGUGGUUGACAUGUUAACUCUUGAAGGUAUACCUUACCAUAAAAACUGCUUCAGAUGCAGUCACUGCAAGGGAUACCUAACGAUGAACACCUACUCCUCAAUGGAUGGUGUCCUCUAUUGCAAGCCACACUUUGAACAGCUUUUCAAGGAAUCUGGCAAUUUCAGCAAGAACUUUCAAACAGCAAAGUCUUCUGAUAAACAAAAUGAGACGAAUAAGGCCCCCAACAGACUGUCAUCCAUGUUCAGUGGAACUCUAGACAAAUGCUCAGUUUGUUCAAAAACAGUCUAUCCUCUGGAAAAGAUGACACUGGAAGGGGAAUGCUAUCACAAGAAUUGCUUUAGGUGUGCUCAUGCAGGUUGCCACCUCACACAUUCCUCCUAUGCUGCCCUGGAUGGUGUCCUCUACUGUAGGCACCAUUUCCAACAGCUUUUCAUGGAGAAAGGGAACUAUCAUCAUGUACUCCAAUCUGCUAACCACAAGAAGAAUGUCACUCCUGAACCUGCUGAACCUGCAGCUGAAGGAGAUGAAGAGCCACCAAAGCCAGAAGAAUCUGAUUCUGAGGAACACACAGAAGAAAAGCCUCAAAAUGAAGCAUAGGACAUGAGCUGCUUCCUCCCUUUCUUUCAGGAUCCUACUAUAUAUAGAAAGGUGUCUUUUGUUAGAGUGUUGUUGGCACACUCUUUUGUCUGGUUGAAUUCCACUGUCUAACAUUUCUUUUUACAAAUUAGUUUAAUUGUAAGCUAAUUUGAGAGGUUUAUUAUGUAUUUAAACAAAGAGUUGUUAAAUACAAUAUAUUUUUUACCCUUUUGUUGGAGGUUUUUCUCCUGCAGUGAUAUGUCAUAUCACUGCUGUGUAAUAACAUAAGGGACACAGUCUCAUAUUGUUCACCAAUUUGUCUG